AUGCGACAACUGCCGACGGCGACGAAGCCCUCUGCCCGCAAACGCAAGGUGAAAGCAGUCGAAACCCCGACUGGGAUAUCAGCGGCACAGUCCUCUGGGCCGUCCACUGGAACAGCACAGGACACUUUAGGCAGGCGAUCCAAUGCACAGUCUCUGGAGCCUACAAGGAAUGGAGUCAGCAUAGGGGAAGGAAAAUAUAUUGGCUUAAGUGGUACGGACGAUGUUUACUUCGCUCUUGAGCGAGACCAAGCUAUUGGAAAUGAUCCAGCACGCGAGGCUUACUUCAGGGAGCGCGCAUCAUCGUCAAUAUCAGCAAUAUCAGACACAUCAAAUCAUCAUGUACUGCGCGCUGACCCAGAUGCUUCAAUUGUGCAAUCGAUCUUCUUCGAGCAAUCACAUGCGGCAUAUCCACUGCUAGACGAAAGCCGAGCCAAGAAACACAAUUCUCGAUUAUUGAUCAAUGCGAUUGCCAUUAUUUCGAAGUACACAUCACCUGAAUUGCAAGGGCUUGACAACAAUGUUCUUAUUGAAGGCUUUUCCGCCUCUCUCCUGCUUGAAGCAAGAUCUCCAACUCUGGAGACAGUCGAAGCUGCGAUACUAUUCACACAAAGAGCCCUUCGGGGUAAAAUGAGCACGAGCGCACCUGGAAUGUGGGCCGUGAUUGGGACCAUUGUUGGCAUCUGCCACGAUCUCGGGCUCAAUAUCGAUUGUUCAGCUUGGAGCAUUCCUGAAAUUGUGAAACGCCGGAGAAAGCGGCUGUGGUGGUCGAUGUAUAUGCAGGACAAGUGGUUCGCGAUGGCGCUUGGCCGACCAUCUUACAUCAGAGAUAACAACACCACAACAUCAAUGCUUUCAGCAAUAGACUUCGAGGGCAUGACAGCCAACAACGGUGCUGUAGAAGAUGAGCCGAGACGACCGGAGCUCACCACUGGUAUCCAUUGUUUCGUUGCAAUGGCGCAGUUAACCGUGAUACUGGACGAGAUUCUCUCCAUCUUCUUCACACUCAGCUCGGUCGUGCAACUGAGGACCGUUAGUGGCGAACACAUUAUCGACAUAUCAGACCGAAUUGAGCAGAAACUUGCUACCUGGCGAGCCAUGUAUCUGGAUCCGAUCCUUGUUCAGCGUUUUUUCCCUGAUGUGACGGGGAGCCUGGAAGUUGCCUUCUACACCGUCAGGAUCAUGCUACUGCGUGGCAUAUUUCCAAAACUAUAUCGCAGAAAUUUCACCCUAGACCAUCAAUUCGAGCUCGCUAUUGAGAGCACUUCAAGCAUGAUAUCCUUGGUAGAAACACUCCAGAUCAACCGACUCAGCACAUUCUGGUGGUCUUGCUCUGGCUUCAACCUCGCGCUCGCUGGAACAUUUAUGGCCAGCCUCAAACGCCUAUCCACCGACGAAGGUCGGGUACGAUACUGGGACGGCCGACUCAAAUACUACCGAAAACUCCUGUCGGCCUACGGGACGAGUUUCUGGCCUGCGAAGUUCGCUGCAACGUCACUGGACCACAUGGCAAAGAACUUGACCAAGACGACUGGCGGCGAUGACAUGAAUUCCGAGACCGGUGAUGGGCCGAAUAUUCUCACUUCACCCUCGACUCCUUGGUCCGGCGUCUCGUAUGAUUUCUUCCCGCACAGUCUGACGAGCUUAAAUGAGAUAGAUUUCGAUGCUGGCUGGUGGAUGGAAGACGCGGGUCAGUGGUCGGCUGACGUGCCAAACCCUCCAGAGUGA